AUCCACCAAAACAAACUUGACAAUAUCCACAGAGGCCCUCCGGCCUCCUCCAAAGACACUGGGCACAGUCUGUGAAAGUGAAAGAAGUCUUGUGAUGGUUGGGCGGGUCACGCGUAUUUCUGGCUUGUUGUUUUGAAGGCCUCCGGGAGGAGAGGGGGUGAAAAAACGAAUUAAAGAUGGCGGAAAACGAAGGAGAUGAGACUGCUCGGCCCGCUCCUCCGUCACUGCUACCCACAGCGCCCCGCGUUAACGGAUCGGGGAUGGUCGGUUCUGGUAGUCAAACCCCGACCUUGGUGACUUCAGGUCCGCGGGUGGUUCGAAUCAUAAAGUCAGAAUCGGGAUACGGAUUCAACGUCCGCGGUCAAGUGAGUGAAGGCGGCCAGCUGCGGAGCAUUAACGGGGAGCUGUACGCUCCUCUCCAGCAUGUCAGCGCCGUGCUACCCGGCGGUGCGGCGGACCGGGCCGGUAUCGUGAAAGGAGACCGAAUACUAGAGGUUAACGGGGUGAGCGUGGAGGGGGCGACGCACAAGCAGGUGGUGGAUCUGAUCAGGGCCGGAGAGAGGGAGCUGGUGUUGACCGUGCUCUCCGUCCCACCACAGGAAGGAGACGGACUUGAUGCUGGCGAAGAAGGUGCGGUGCAGCCCAAUUACGACUACAGUGACAAGCAGGCCGUCCCCAUUUCAGUCCCCACAUACAAACAUGUGGAACAGCACUCAGAGAAGUUUGUGGUGUAUAACGUGUACAUGUCGGGAAGACAGAUGUGUUCAAAGCGUUAUCGGGAGUUCGCAAUACUUCAUCAGAACCUGAAGAGAGAGUUUUCCAACUACACUUUCCCGAAGCUGCCAGGGAAGUGGCCCUUUUCUCUGUCCGAACAACAGCUGGACGCUCGCAGGAGGGGAUUGGAGGAAUACCUAGAGAGAGUUUGCUCAGUGCGGAUCAUAGGUGAGAGUGACAUUAUGCAGGAAUUCCUGUCUGAAUCAAAUGAGAACCACAACGGCAUAACGGAUGUCGAGUUACGAAUAGCGCUGCCUGAUAAAACUACAGCUUCAGUAAGAGUCCGAAAGAAUAGCACCACUGACCAGGUUUACCAGGCUCUUGUCGUGAAGGUUGGGAUGGACAGCAUCAUGGCCAGUUACUUUGCUCUCUUCGAAGUUAUUAACCACUCAUUUGUGCGCAAAUUGGCUCCUAAUGAGUUUCCGCACAAGCUGUAUGUUCAGAACUACACGUCAGCUGUCCCCGGGACGUGUCUCACGGUGCGCAAGUGGCUCUUCAGCACACAGGAAGAGGAACUGCUGCGGGACAGCCCACUGGCCCUGCACUACUGCUUUCAUCAGGCACAGGAUGAUGUGAAGAAGGGAUUCAUUAAAGCAGAGGAUAAAGCGUACCAGCUGCAAAAACUAGCAGAACAGAAAAAGAUGACAACGUAUCUGAGUCUUUUGCGCUCAUGUGAGGGAUAUAACGAGGUGACUUUUCCUCACUGUGCAUGUGACUCACGGCGGAAAGGUCAUGUGAUCACUGCCGUCAGCAUGAAGCAUUUCAAACUACAUGCCUGCACAGAGGACGGCACUCUUGAGAAUCAGGUGAUUUUGUUCGAAUGGUCAGAGAUGCAAAGAUGGGACACAGAUGAGGAGGGUAUGGCCUUCUGCUUCGAGUAUGUGCGGGGAGAAAAGAAACCUCGCUGGGUCAAAAUAUUCACUCCUUAUUUUAACUACAUGCACGAAUGCUUUGAGAGGAUUUUCUGUGAGCUCAAAUGGAGGAAAGAGGUUGAAGAGGAGGCCUCAGACAAAGGCAAUAAGAACUGUAGUAAUAAUGAUUACCUCUCGCCACUGGAGCAACAGAAGGGAUGGCGCCACCUAGGGGGCGAGAUUGCCACUUCCUAAAACCCCUCUCUAGACCCCCUGUGAAACAGCAUAAAUUGCGCUGGAUCAUCACACUUGAGCAGACCACCAUAAUGAAGAUGUUACCAUGGCAACACCCCAGCGACACCAUACCAACCAUGUUUCCACGGAGACAAAAGUGUGCCUUUCAGAUGCAGAGCUUUCCAUAUGGCAACCACGGCAACGCAGAAUGCCAUUAUCGUGGCGAAGCAGACACUGCGGGGAUGUUUCACCCCAGAUCAAGAGCACCAAUGGGUUCUGCUGUCAUUUCAUCAAUAGAUACUUUGAACUUGCAUAAGUACAUGUAAAAUACCACAUAGGACGAGAUCUAAAGAUCUUCCACGCCAGUGGUUUAGGAGAUAAGCUCUUCUUUAAGUCUACUGGCUGGAUUUUGGAGAGCAUUAGCUAAGGUAAAGCUGUAUCGGCACUGUUAUCAGGGCAGCGUAGUAACAAAAUGACCACUUUGUGAUUUGGAAUGGCAGCCGCUAUCACAAUUGUUUGACAAAACUAUAUAUAUGGGAGGGGAAAGUCAUGCCUUAACAAAAAAAAUCAAUUAAAUUGUGUAGCAAGGUCACCAUACAAACAAUUAGUGUGGGAUCUCUCUAAAAUAAUAUUGUGAUGGCAUUAUUGCUUGAUUUUCCCAGUAUUGCUGACUAAAAUUAGCUCGUUUUCAUUUUAUUUCAAUUAAAUGAGGAGUAAACAAGUCUGUGGGAACAGUGACAUGGGAUGUGUGUGUGGGAAAUUAAGGACAGGAGUGUAUAUGGACAGAUAUUAAGAGGAUAGUUAACCCAAAAAUGAAAUUUCUGUCAUCAUUUGCUCACCCUCAAGUUGUUCCAAACCUGAACACAAAAGAAGAUAUUUUGAAGAAUAUGGGUAACCAAACAGUUGGUUACUUCCAUAGUGUGGAAAAUAUACUUCCAUACUAUGGAAGUCAAUAGGCACCAUCAACUGUUUGGUUACAGACAUUCUUCAAAAUAUCUUCUUUUGUGUUCGGCAGAGGUUUGGAACAACUUGAGGGUGAGCAAAUGAUGACAGAAUUUUCAUUUUUGGGUGCACUAUCCCUUUAAGGUUAAGUGUAGUUCGCACAAGCGACCUGUAGGGGGCCCCAGCAUCAAACACAUAAGUAGCUGCGCUCAGGAUAGUUUAUUUCUGUUCAGUUUAUUUGUUGGCCUCAGAGGGAACAUCAUCGAGUCCUCGUCUGAGUUUGUUUUUGUGUUAUUUAUUGUUCAAUACUGCAGAGGCUUCCCUCAUAGAGAGACAAUAGCACCACGUCGUACCUGCUGACAAGAUCUGAAGGGGAAAAACAAGAGACAGACUGAGAAUAUUGUGAUCUCAGAAGCAUCUUAACAGUGUUUCCUCUCUCAUAUGUUUUUGAGAAUAAGAACUAAGGCAGCAAAAGGCAACUAGUCCAAAAUUCAUGUACAAAUUCGCCACGGUGUGCUAAAAUAACAGCCAGUUUUUUGUAGUGGUCUACAUUAGCUAUUUUUUCUUCCUUCUUUUAAUACAUAGUAGAAAACAUGAUCUUAAAAAAUUGGUAUAGCCAAAAAGAUAUACCAUAAAGGACUUUAGUUGGCCCCCUCGUCACAGGACAAGACACCGCUUAACGUUUUCUUAACAGACAUGCAUGUUUAAUGCAAGUCAGAAUCUUUCACCAUUCCAUUCCAGCACAAUACUGUGAUAAAUGAGCUUAUCCUCAUCCAAAUGCUUUAGCCACCUUGGCUACGAUACCUUGAUCAAUAAGUGAGUUUGUAUAUUGUGUGUGUGUGUGUGUGUGUGAGUGUGUGUACAUCAGAUUGCUCUCUGGUUAGAGUAAAGGCUCCUAUUACAGCAGCACAGUAGCAUCUGUGGUCUAAGCGUAUUUACAAAAACUUAAUUUGUCUUCAGUCCUGAUUAUUUCCGUGUUUGAUUAAUUCAGCCAGUUUAUCAAUGUGAAUGAAGAAAAAAAGUUAGGCUUGUGUGCUUUACAGUUUUUGUGUAAUUUGUCCUUUCGUCAGGAGUACAGGUGCGACACUUUUUGUUUUGUUUGGAAAAUGUCAAAAGUGUUCCACCACGUAAUGUUCACCAGCGCUAAAAUCUUAAUUGUUUGGUCAGUGUUUCUUAUUUUGUGUCAAUGUGCCGAGGAAAAAAAGAAUAUGAAUGUACCAGAAUGUAUUUAUAACAUGGAUGAUUAUUUUUUUUGUCAUUAACUUGAACUGCAACCAUUUAAGAUCAUCAUAACUCUUCAGUUUAAAACUUAAGACACUAACUCUUAUCCUUCCACUGAGUGUUUCCUUAACCUUUGGCCCACCUUGAAAGUAUUAUUAAUGUUUUGAGUCUUUUCCCCAAAAUUGGUGUGUUGGGACGAUUACUGACAAGUUUAACGGCUAUUUGUCUGUGUUCUGCGCUUCAUCUGUAAAUUUUACUGCUUAUGUGUAGUACUGACAGAGUCUUUGUAGCUUUUCUGACUGAAAACGUUAAUUUAUUUUUCUGCUAAAUCGAGGGGAUUGAAACAAGGCCUUUGCUGUGGUGGGUUUAGGAAGGGACUUUGUAUGACAAAAGAUAUAAUGCAUACGUGAAGGAGAUAAACAGGUGUGCAUUAUUUCAUGUAGCCUAGAUAAUGGCAUAAAUUAACAAUAAUAUCGGGAUACAAUAGUUUUAUAACUGAAAUGUGUGAAGGUUAAACUAACCAGAGUUAUAAAAAAAACAUCAUGUAGGUUGAAACAUUGUAACAUACUAUUUUAAAUAAAAUUACCUAUUGAGAAAAAAAAA